AACAAAACGAACUCAUCGACCUCACCAUCAAACCACCACUUGUCCAGCGUCACCCAACCCCAUUCCCCCAUUCUAUUCCCUUUUCAAAAAUGCACACAACCCUGAUUAUCUGCCCGGUGCGGAGCGCCGUCCUCAGCAGUCGUUUGCCUUCGUCCGCCGCCCUCACCCCCUUCGCCUCCUCAUCGCUCCUCUAUCACAAGGUCUCAGCUCGCUCGGCCAGCACUACUACUACCAUCACCACCACAUCCACAACAACAACAACAACAACCACGCGAUUCCCCAACCUCCCUCCGCAAACACAAGCUCCAACUACAUUGGGCGCCGCCUCCUCCCGCCCCCAGGCUACAAUCUUUCCCUCAUGCAUCGUCCGCACGCCGUCGGUGCGCGCAAAUUCAACCACCGCCACCGCCGCCGCCGCCGCCCGCGAGGAAGCCGCCAAGCUCGACUGGAACUCGUUCUUCAAGCUCCGGGCGUCUCGUCGGCGAUACUCGCUUGCGUCCUCGAUUGCGAGUUCCCUGGCCACCACUGUAGUCGGGGUGCAGAUCCUGUCCGGGCAGAAUCUGGAGGCCCUGGGCGCGCAGGUGAUGGGGCUGGAUCCGAUUUUUGUGCUUGGCGCGGCCACGGCGGCGUGCGGAGCGGCCGGUUGGCUUGUUGGGCCGUUUGUGGGGAAUGCUGUUUGGGCGAUGGUGCAUCGGAGGUAUAAGACUGCUGUUGCCGUGAAAGAGAAAGAGUUCUUCGAUAGGAUUAAGCGGUUCCGCGUCGACCCUUCGUCGAAUUCGAUCGCCAACCCUGUCCCCGAUUACUACGGUGAGAAGAUUGGCAGUGUGCAGGGAUAUCGCCAGUGGUUGAAGGACCAGCGGGCGUACAACCGCAAGAGACGCAAUUUCAUUCUUUAAUCCCUUUCUUUUUUUCUUCUUUUUUUUUUUUUUCUUCUGUUAUUUGGCAUUGCGCCGUUGUGAGGUUUUGUUGGCCGGAUCUGUGUACGAGUAUCUUAUCUUAUAUCACUACGGAUAUAUUGGAGCGAAAAUAAAAC